UAUUGUCACUCUUUUAUUUUUUGAUCGCCUUGGUCUGCGUCGUCUUCUCCAAAGCAAAAUCAAGCUUCUUCGAUCUUCUUCCUCGUGUGGUUUCCAGUUCGAUUCUUUAUUCCCAAAGAGUUUUUUCAGUUUGGAUCUGUAGAGAGGAUGGCUACAGCUACGUAUCCGCCUCCUCCUCCAUAUUACAGACUCUACAAGGAUUACUCAGAAAACCCUAACUCUGCUCCUGAACCUCCGCCUCCCAUUGAAGGCACCUACGUUUGUUUCGGUGGCAACUAUACUACUGAAGAUGUUCUUCCAAGCUUAGAAGAACAAGGAGUGCCUCAACUCUAUCCCAAAGAUUCAAAUAUUGAUUACAAGAAGGAACUCAGGUCGUUGAAUAGAGAACUACAGUUACAUAUAUUGGAGCUUGCUGAUGUUCUUGUUGAUAGACCUUCUCAGUAUGCUAAGAGGAUUGGUGACAUUUCUUCAAUCUUCAAGAAUUUGCAUCACCUUCUCAAUUCCUUGAGGCCUCACCAAGCGAGAGCUACGCUUAUUCACAUUAUGGAACUUCAAAUUCAACAGAGAAAACAAGCUGUGGAGGACAUUAAGAGGAGGAGAGAAGAGGCACAGCGACUUCUGAAGGAUGCUUUCGUCACUUUAGAUGGACAAUAGAAGAUUAAAAUAGACCAUACCUGACCGGUUAUCUUUUGAAGCAAAAGGGAGGAGUAAACCGGUGAUACAAUGAUCUUAAAAAUAGAAAUACAGUUGAUGUGAAU